GUGUGUGAGAGAGAGAGAGAGAGAGAGCAUGCAAAGAAAAAAAAAUCGUUGAGGAAUGGCAAACUGUGUGGUGGCUGUGGAAGUAGAGGAGUCGUGAAGAAUGUCCGAGGCCAUCCGCUGCACACUGGUGAACUGCAACUGUGAAUGUUUUCAACCAGGAAAGAUCAACUUGCGUCAAUGUGACCAAUGUAAACAUGGGUGGGUGGUACAUGCCCUGGACAAACUACGUGUCCAUCACCUAUAUCAGCACAGUCAAGUGGAGAUAGUCCAAUCCAAUGUGGUUUUUGACAUUAGUAGCUUAAUGCUGUAUGGUACCCAGGCUGUUCCAAUCCGCCUCAAAAUUCUGCUGGAUCGCCUGUUCAGUGUACUUAAACAGGAAGAAGUACUUCAGAUCUUGCAUUCACUGGGAUGGACGCUCCAGGAUUACAUUCGUGGUUAUAUACUGCAGGAUGUCUCAGGGAAGGUACUUGAUCGUUGGACGAUAAUGACGUACGAGGAAGAAAUGGUCUCUUUGCACCAAUUCCUUCGUUUUGGAGAGACUAAAUCUAUUGUCGAACUUAUGGCUAUUCAGGAGAAAGAGGGUCACUCCAUAGUAAUCUCAUCAACCAAAUCGAAUUCAGAUAUCAGAGCAUUUAUCGAAAGCAGCAACCAAACAAGGAACCCUGGCCUAUCCACUCAUGUGGAAAAAGUAAACUCAAACAACAUUCAUCACUUUGAGAACAUUGUGAAUAACCUGGCUUUUAUGUUACCUUUUCAGUUUUUUAAUCCCAUCCCCAUGCCUCUGUUAGGGACCUCCCCCAAUGGAUUUCUCGUUGAUCAAUCUGAGGAUAGGUCACAGGAAACCAAACCAGAUAUUCAAAUUCCUACCAGUAAGAGUCAUCUUUUAAGUACCAGUCCUGCUUCAUUUCAGAGUGCUGAAGACAGCAGCAAGAGUUCCCAAGACGGUACCAAUCAGGAGUUGAAGAACGAUAGUAGAAGUGAGUGUAGUCCUGUCGCUUCCCCUUCAGCUGGUGUCAUACUAAACCGAGAGCCUGAAGUCACACAUCUGCCCUCUCCCACCAAAAUUAAGCCUGUGGAAAAGCCUCAUUCAGCAACAAAGAAAGGGCGUGUUUAUUGCAGUGCAUGCGAUAAAACCUUCUAUGAUAAAGGCACAUUGAAGAUCCAUUACAAUGCUGUUCAUCUGAAAAUCAAACAUCGCUGCACAAUCGAGGGUUGCAAUAUGGUCUUCAGUUCCCUGCGUAGUCGCAAUCGACAUAGCUCCAAUCCUAAUCCCAGACUGCACAUGCCAAUGAUGAAAAACAAUCGUGACAAGGACCUGAGAAGCGAUUCUUCACCAACCGUCAUUCAACUAAAUGACAAAAGGCUUGACAUCAAUAACUAUCUUGGCACAGACACUCGACCUGUUACAGGUUUCGAUAAUAAUUGUGCAGAAUCAAAUCUUCAACAUCAUGUUCAGAGCAAUGUCUGUCAUGCUGGACACAGUGGGAUGUUGUUUCAAAACCUGAAGACUGUACAGCCAGUUCUGCCUUUCUAUCGGAGUCUUGUAACACCAGCUGAACUCGCCAUCACUCCAAGUCCACUUCCUUCCUUGCCUCUUGUACACGCUUCUGUCCGAGAACAACUUUCAGCUGGAGAACCAUCAACUGAUGUCGUGCCAAAAAAGAAAUCCCGUAAAUCCAGCAUGCCUGUCAAGAUCGAGAAAGAAACUGUGGAAGAAAUAGACGGCGCUGAAAAUGGUAUCUCAGACGAUGACACACCUCUGCAACUUAGAAGUGAGAUUGAGUUUAAGAGCUUGAAACAUGAUUUUGAAAUACGUAUUGCUGAAAAGAUUGAAAGCAGCCGAGAGUAUUCGCCUGACAGAGAAAAACAGAGUCUUAAAGUGCAGCCGCAAGAUUUAAUAACUGCUAAUGUUCAAGCCAAUUCUGGGAAUGGAAAGCUGGAGAAUGGACUGCAAUGCAUCGGAAAUGGAAAUCCUUGUGCAAAGACUGUAAUAGUUUCAUCCAUUGAGGAUGGGCAAAGGGAGACUGAAUUGGACAAUGGCGGGAAAGUGGUAACUAAAUCAGAAGGUUGGUUGCAAGAGGAACAUUCUACAAACAAAGAUGAUAAUCCCAAUUAUAAUGAAAUGCAGCAGAGGCUGAUAAAUGGAGGCCUCGGCAGUUUAUUACUGAAUCAAAGAGUUAGCUUGCCGUCCCUUGACGGUCCACCAGUGAGUGCCUGCAUUUGCCCACAGGCAGCCACAAAUAUGUGGGAUAAUCAGGGCACCUCUAAUCCUAACUAUUGCUACGUCUGCAAGAAGGUGUUUAAAAGUUCUUACAGUGUUAAAUUACAUUACAAAAAUGUGCACCUGAAGGAGAUGCACAUGUGCACAAUUGAAGGUUGUAACGCAGCUUUCCCUUCACGGCGCAGUAGAGACAGGCACAGUGCGAACAUCAAUCUUCAUCACAAACUUCUGACCAAAGACUCGUAUGAAAAUCAGAACAAUUUCUCGAACACCGCCCCGGCAACAAAAGAAUUUUAUGAAGACAUUUUGUUUAGAGGUCAUCUCGGACAGACUUCAUUGCUAUUGAAAGGAAGGAGCAGAAGCGACCACUUUGUAUUUUCUCUCAAUGAAACUCAGGAACAAUACAACAGUGCCCACGGAGGCAAUGGCAUUGAUGAUGGCACUGUGUUGGAUCUUAGCACCACGUCUAGCAUCAAGUCUGGAAGCAGUGCCCAUUCGUGGGAUUCGGAUGCUGGGAGUGAGGAAGGUAUACCCGUGGAGGAUGAUGAAGGCUUUGAGAGUUCAGAUUUGAUAGUGCAAGAUAAACUGCACCACAUAUCCGGUCUAAUUGAUGAGCCGAUUGACUGCUUGAUACGAUCCUCUUCUGCUGGCUCACCGAUUAUGUGCAACAUCUGUCAGAAGAUGUACAGUAACAAAGGAACCUUCAGAGCUCAUUACAAAACCGUACAUCUCCAGCAGCUCCAUAAAUGCAAGGUGUCCGGCUGCAAUAUAAUGUUCUCGUCUGUUCGAAGUCGAAACAGACACAGUCAAAACCCUAAUUUGCACAAAGAUCUCCUCGUAUGCAGCUCCAACGAAAGUCACUGAGCAUUUUCUGCCACACCUGCCCCUAACAUUAUAGGUUUUCAACGUGCUAUCGAUUUUUUCUAUCUGGCAUUUAUUCCAGUGAUAGUUGCAGAUUCUCUUAUGAAACAAUCACAGUUUUUUUCAACCGUGUAGUGAGUAUCGAUCGACCUGUUUUUGCUACCUGAUGUAGUUCUCAAAAGUGGUGAAAUGCAGCCAAAAUAUUUGUAGCAUGCCUGUUUUAUACUUUAACCAAGAACAGGAAGUGUAGCUCUUCACAGACCCCGUAAACCUCAUUUUAUGAAUUUGAUCUUUUUUAUAACACAAAGAUUCUUUAUUCUUUAUCUGGAUCAAAACACACUUCUGAUAUUUGCUUCCAGGCCUCAUCCCACUUGAUCAAAGAUGGGUUUUCAUAUGCACUUAGGCCAUCUUUUGACAUUCCAUCUUCAAGACUUCAAUCUAUUCCAAUCAGUACUAUUUGAUAUAAACUAUGUUCCUGAAAUCCUGUUGAAUGCAACCUCCAAUGUACAUUCUGUUUUUUAAAAAAAUACAAGAUCACUCCAUUUCACUGCUUCUUUCUUUGGGUGAUGCUGUGUCUCAAGUCUGAAUAGAUGCAGUUAUGCAAAGUUAAACGUUCAGAGUGAACUAAAGCUAAAUGUUUUUCUUCAGGUCAUGG